CACGGCGCCUUUUGUCCCGGGAGGUCCCUGGAAGUUUGCGGCGGGACGCGCGCGAGCGGCGGCCGGGGCAGCCCCGACGUGGUGGGAGCCAGGCCGCCGAGCCGGCAUGGGCAGCGGGCGCGGCGCGGGGGGCCGCCGCUGGGCCGCCCCGGGCGUGCUGCUGGCGCUGGCCGCUGGGCUGCUGGCCGCGGGCUCGGCCAGCGAGUACGACUACGUGAGCUUCCAGUCCGACAUCGGCUCAUACCAGGGCGCCCGCUACUACGCUAAGCCUCCGCAGUGCGUGGACAUCCCGGCGGACCUGAGGCUGUGCCACAACGUGGGCUACGACAAGAUGGUGCUGCCCAACCUGCUGGAGCACGAGACCAUGGCCGAGGUGAAGCAGCAGGCCAGCAGCUGGGUGCCCCUGCUCAACAAGAACUGCCACAUCGGCACGCAGGUCUUCCUGUGCUCGCUGUUCGCGCCCGUCUGCCUCGACCGGCCCAUCUACCCGUGCCGCUGGCUCUGCGAGGCCGUGCGCGACUCGUGCGAGCCCGUCAUGCAGUUCUUCGGCUUCUACUGGCCCGAGAUGCUCAAGUGCGACAAGUUCCCCGAAGGGGACGUCUGCAUCGCCAUGACCCCGCCCAAUGCCACCGAAGCCUCCAAGCCCCAAGGCACAACGGUCUGCCCUCCCUGUGACAACGAGUUGAAAUCUGAGGCCAUAAUUGAACAUCUCUGUGCCAGCGAGUUUGCACUGAGGAUGAAAAUCAAAGAGGUGAAGAAGGAGAAUGGGGACAAGAAGAUCGUCCCCAGGAAGAAGAAGCCUCUGAAGCUGGGACCCAUCAAGAAGAAGGAGCUGAAAAGGCUGGUCCUGUACCUGAAGAACGGGGCCGACUGCCCGUGCCACCAGCUGGACAACCUCAGCCCCUACUUCCUCAUCAUGGGUCGCAAGGUGAAGAGCCAGUACCUGCUGACCGCCAUCCACAAGUGGGACAAGAAGAACAGGGAGUUCAAAAGCUUCAUGAAGAAAAUGAAAAACCAUGAAUGCCCCACUUUUCAGUCUGUCUUUAAGUGAUGGUCCCUGGGGCGGGUUGGGAGGGCGCGGUGGUGGGGUGGGGUGAGGGGUGGGGGAGAGUGAUGACGCUGGACCCCAGCGGGUCACACACACAUACACACACGUGCAUACAUGCACACACAUACACGUGCACACACACGCCUGCUCCUGGUGGCAGUGGACAUUGCAGUCCGGGUGGCUUUGUUCUCGUAACAUUCUCACUCCCCCCCAGGGGCACAUGCAGGCCUCAGGGUAUCCAGGUCUGGGUGAGGCAAAGACCAUUUAGAUUAGGAAGGCUUUUAAGAUCUGCAGUGUGGGCAGCAGUCACUGUGGGGAUGUGUCACUGAGACAACAGUGCUUGCCAGUGCGCACGCGCGCGCGCGCACACACACACACACACGAUUGGGCCAAAAAUGAGAGACAGUAGCAAAAACUGAGGUUUGCAAUUGGUGGGUAUAAAUCUGUCAGCUGAUCUAUGCCUGUGCAACUGGAACAUUCUAACUGUCAGGAAGUUGCAUUGCUCUCAGCUCUAGAGCAGUUUCUGUCCCCUUUAGACCGAAACAGACCACACUUAGGCUUUAAGAUCAGUUUCCCAAAGUGGCAGGUGCAGGAGGAAGAGCGGCCGCGCUAAGCCUCACGGUGCCCCCCACAGGGCUGGAAGAGGGGUCACCGUGCCCUGCCCUGGGCCUUUCUACCUGGUUGUCUGUGGAUAUGAAUCGGCCAGUCUCAUGCCACAGAAGUGGUGGGGCCGGUCAGUCAGCCAGGGCACGCUUGUGCCCCUAGACAUGGGGAGGGGUGGCGUGCGCCUGCCUUUAGGUGAGGCAAAGGAAAAUACAGUGGAAUAAGCAAGACGAUUUUUCAGACUGAAACGGCAAUGGUUAAGUGUUUUUUUUUUUUAAAAAAAAACAUAGUUGAAGGAAAAAAAAAAUAGCCACUUUAGGUCCAGGAAAUUGCUAGUCAGGGUGAAUUGUGAAAUUGGGUGACAAGAUUACCAUCCUCAUUUCAUCUGUUCAUUCGUUUCACAUUUUUUAAAAGAACAUCAACAACGAAAACCAAACCACUUUUCAAGGACUCCUUUGUAAGAAAACAUCGAUAUGGAGUAAUUUGAUAGGUUAGUGCUCAGACAAGGCCUCCUGGUCUAUCACAGGCUGCUUUCUAGAAGCAGUGGGGUGAGGGGAGGGAUCCACCUGCCACCAUAGCCAAGGGGUCCUCCUGCCCUGGGAGUCCUCGGUUGCCAUGGAAACCACACAACACUAACAAAACUCACCAUGCCUCCCUGAGAAGAAAUAGGCUCCUUUAACCUUGAUUUCCUGACCAUCGAAGAAAUUUGGAACAGCCUUCCUGCCUGUCCCCAGCACUUUGUACCUAAAUUUUUUUCUUUUUAUUUCUGCAGAGGGGAAUGUUGUUGCCAUCUAAGGAGAGGGUUUCAGAAGCAAAAUGAUCUCUGCAGUUUUUCCCAAGUGCCCUGAGAUACUUCUCAAAGCCCUUGUGUUUGAUAAGGGUUGUACAUAAAGCAGUUCACUUACAUAACUUUGCUUUUCUCGUCCAAUGUAUAGGACGUAGUUCUUAAAAAUUAAUGUUGAUUUCUUCCUCCAAAGCCUGAGUCUUAAUUCUCCGUAGCACCUCUGGGACAGCAGUGAUUGUCUAGAAGAGUGUUUAUGCCCAACCCAGGCUCUGCAGUGGGGCUGGCCGUGUCCCCUGCCCUGGCCCUAGCUGGACACAGAAACAGAAGAUUCUAUUAACUUUUGAAAACUCCAGUCUUGAAAAACCAGCAUCUAGAGCAGAGUAAUCACCGAAGAGUUAUCCUGAUAGAAUCAACCUUUGGCAAUUAGUAGUCCCAACAUUUUAACGCUGUUUUUUUUAAUUGGUGGCGGGCGGUUUCUCUCUGACCUUUAAUCAUAAAGUGUUGGGGAUCUUGAAUAAUUUGCCUGUAAUUUUGGAUGAUUAAGAAAUGUGUACAUAUAUUAGUUAAUUAGAAACAUUCUACUUUCCUGUUGUCAGACUGAAUUUCAGAGUAACUUCAUGAGAGUGUGGGUCUGGGUCUGGGUUGAUUAACUCACUCGUUGAGCGCCCACACGGAUCUGCUCAUUUUGACAGCGCCUCAUGGAACAGGGCCUUCUCUCCAAGGCAGGGGCCUCGGCAGAGGGGUUUGUCUGGGACAUUAGGAGUAGCUCAGAGUAUGGAAGAGGAGGUGGCCGUGCAGUGUAACCCCUCUACCCCGGAUUCUCAGGGAGGAGGCAGCCCUUCCAGUGAGAGCUGCAGAUGAUGGGGAUUGAGCGGCAGCUGUCAGUUCUGGCGCACACUCUUAAGUCCCUGGGCGUUGAGCUGCACCAUCUGCUUUGAUGAAGAUGUUAGAUGCGCUGUCAGGCCCCAGAGGGAGGCUGCCCUGGGCCCAGAGCUGCGUUAACCCAGCUUCUGUUUUUCUCCACUAAAGGCUCUGUCAGCACUCAUGUGCAUACUCAUUCCAUCGGUCAUUGGUUUGCAGAAGACGAGGCCUGUAUGUGAUUUGAUAAUUAUUGCUGGUCCAAAGGUCAGAUCUGUAAAGCUUUGAAAUAAUCACUCUGGAUAGAGACCUGUGAGUCCACUGGCAGAACUCAGCUCAGUCUUUGAGGAACAUUCGUAGUUAGAAGACAGAAUGGUAAGGGAGAAUUCCAAGAACAUUUUAUUUUUAAAAUAGCCUGCGUAACCCUUGGCUCUUGCUGCCCAUGGGUUAACACCAAGUUCUUCUGAAGGCAGAAUCCAGUUAGAGCUCUAAUUUUAACAUGUAUCUGAAAAGUACAGCAGUCCCACUUCCCCAUUUUUCUCAUCAGACUCCAAAUAACCAGUUGCUCUGUUGCAACUACUUAGAUGUACGAGGCUCAGGUGAUGCUUCAGGAGAGAACCUUAGGUGACUUCCCUGGGGUUACGCACUGGCCCGUGGGCACCUGCCACCAGCAGUUAUAUAGGACCCAGACGAAAUUCCUGUCUUCCCUAGUUCCUUCGUGCAGUACAUCUUUUUUCAAGUCUAAAUCUUUUACAAAAGCUUGGAAUACUGUGAAAAUGUUUUACAUUCCAUUUCAUUUGUGUGUGUGUGUGUUUUUUUUUUAAUGCAUUUUACCAGAUGUUUUGAUGUUAUCGCUCACGUUAACAGCAAUUCCCGGACGUGUUCAUUUUAUCUCCAUGUUUUUCCCGCCAUGUAGCAAUACUCACUUGACUAAAAUCACUCAAUUAAUCAA